UUCAACGCGAUACGACCUUUAACCUUUCGAGAAGCGUCCAACAUGGCGACCGAACUGGUGCGAUCAAUCUUAGGGUCGGCGACUGAAUAUCUCGCAGUAGUUGGUGCCAUUUCGGCCUCCUACGUUGCUUUGAAAUUUAGUAUUACUAUUUUGAAUUGGAUCCAACUUUAUGUUUUUGGAAAAUGUCGUGAUGUUGGUGUUAAACUCAGAUCGUAUGGGCAGUGGGCAGUUGUGACGGGUGCUACAGAUGGCAUUGGCAAGGAGUAUGCCAGGCAGCUGGCUAAAUACGGCAUCAACAUAGUGCUGAUCAGUCGCACACUUAGUAAACUGCAAGAUGUUGCCAGCGAAAUUGAGUCAAGUUUCCGUGUGAAGACCAAGGUCAUAGCAGCUGACUUUUCACUGGGCACAUCCAUCUAUGAAAACAUCAGGUCCCAACUUCAAGGCAUGGAGAUAGGCAUUCUAGUUAACAAUGUUGGGCUGUCAUAUGAUUUUCCGGAGUUCUUCCUUGAUAUUAGUGAAAGAGAAAAGUUGUUCAUGAACCUUCUACACGUCAACUGCACAUCUGUCACCAUGAUGAGCAGUAUAGUAAUGCCAGGCAUGGCUCAGCGAAAGAAGGGUUUGGUGAUAAACAUAGCCUCUGCAGCAGGGAACAUGCCCACCCCACUGUUGUCUGUGUAUUCUGCAUGCAAGGUGUAUGUGAGAUACCUGUCUGAAUGCUUAAACCAUGAAUACAGAAACAAGGGCAUUGAAGUCCAGUGUAUAAACCCAUACUUUGUAUGCAGCAACAUGAGUAAGAUACGCCGACCUAAUCUGAUGAUCCCGUCUGCUGAGACUUACGUCAGGUCGGCCCUUGGAACUGUUGGAGUGACAGAGAAUGAUUGCGGAUAUUUUCCGCAUACCUUGAUGGACAUGGCAGCUAACCUUCUUCCGCAUUUCAUUGCACAAAAGAUCAAUUUCAACACCCUUCUGUCUGCUAGCAAACGUGCAAAAAAGAAAGCUGAUGCUAAAAAAUCAAGCUAAAAAAUAUACACUGUUACAACCCACCAAGUCAGAACACAGAUAAUUAGCAUCUUAGGUUAUCUAUAUAAAAAAAUACCGAUCCACCAACAAUUUGUUAAAUACAUGUAUUACUAACACAUUUUCUACAAAUGGAUGAACACUGAGUUUGCUUUUGUAUUUUGACAUUGUAUUCAUUUUAUUCUGUUUUUGUUUGUCAAAGUAUUUAAAAAUAUGCUGGGUUUUUUUCCUAUCGACAAAGCUCAAAAGCUCAUAAACACUGCAAGACAAUAUGUAUUUCAAAUGUUAUUACUAAAUAAGUAUGAUUAGCAGAUUUAGGAGAUUUGUUGUUAAGAGUGUAUUUUCUAGCUUUUUUUAGACAGUAAAAACUUUUUUUUCCAUGCCCACAUCAUGUUUUAUAAACAAAUUUAUAAUGAAGGUUUCAUAUAGAAUUUUUUAGCUCACCUGUCACGAAGUGACAUGGUGAGCUUAUGUGACCGUGUGAUGUCCGGCGUCCAUAUGUGCGUGUGUGCGUGCGUGUGUGUGUCCGUCAACAAUUUGUUUGUGUAGACAGUAGAGGUCACAGUUUUCAUCCAAUCAAUGAAAUUUGGUCAGAAUGUUUAUAUUGAUGAAAUCUGGGUUGGGAUUGUAUUUGGGUCAUCUGGGGUCAAAAACUAGGUCACUAGGUCAAAUAAUAGAAAAACCUUGUGUAGACAAUAGAGGUCGCAGUUUUCAUCCAAUUUUUAUGAAAUUUGGUCAGAUUGUAUAUUUUGAUGAAAUCUGGGUUUUGAUUGUAUUUGGGUCAUCUGGGGUCAAAAACUAGGUCACUAGGUCAACAACUAGGUCAAAUAAUAGCAAAACCUUGUGUAGACAAUAGAGGUCACAGUUUUCAUCAAAUCUUUAUGAAAUUUGGUCAGAAUUUUUAUCUUGUAUUUCUUUAGCUUCAUGAAUAUCAUUUAUGUGCCUAACCAGUAGUUGUAUUUUUAUGCUUGUAGUCUUGUGUGUAUGUAUGUUUUGAAAUAAUCUGCCUAAAUGGUAGUAUUUAAUGUAAAUCAAAGCAUCUUUGUACUGCAUGUAAAGUGCCUAUAUUUUACAAAUAAAGUUGUUUAAAAACUGUUCAUGGUUUAUUUGCCAAAGAUAAAAACAUGUUUAAUAUUGAUAAGGUUUUGGAAUGAAAGCUGUGUAUUUUAAAAAGUUUAAAGCAUGAUUAGAUUGUUGUAAUAUUUUGGUAUAUAACAGUGUAAUGUGUUUGUUAUUUCCCUUUUGUAAUCUGUUUCAUAAUGUAUCCAUAAACUAAACACACUACAAUGAAACUGUAAUAAUAUGUAGACAGUUUGUUUCAUUUGUAAUAUGCGGUGUAAAGAGAAAAGCACUAUUGAAGAGUUAGUACAACAACAACAUUUAUUUCAGAAAUAAAGCUUACAACAAAGUUUUGUGCACAACGUGCUCAUGGUGAGCUAUUGUGAUCGCCUUUUGUCCGUCGUCCAUCGUGCGUGCGUCGUAAACAUUUGCCUUGUGAACACUCUAGAGGCCACAUUUAUUGUCCGAUCUUCAUGAAACUUGGUCAGAACAUAUGUCCCAAUGAUACCUCGAAUGAGUUCAAAACUGGGUCAUGCUGGGUCAAAAACUAGGUCAAAAAAAAGGAAAACCUUUUGAACACUGUAGAAGUCACAUUUGAUGCCCAAUAUUCAUGUAACUUUGUCAAAAUGUUCGUCUUAAUGAUAUGUUGGUUGAGUUCAAAAAUGGUUUCUGUCCAUUGAAAAACAUGGCACCAGGGGGCGGGGCAGUAUUCCUAAUAUGGCUAUAGACACACCUUGUGGACACUCUUAAAGUCACAAUUUUUGCCCAAACAUCAUGAAACUUGGUCAAAACAUUGGUUUCAUUGAUAUCUCGGAUGAGUUAGAAAAUGGUCAAGAUCGGUGAAAAAACAAGGCCGCCAGGGGGCAGGGCAGUUUUCUCUAUAUGUAUAUAGUGAAAACAUGUGAACGCUCUAGAAUUCACAUUUAUGGUCCAAUCUUCAUGAAAUUUGGUCAGAACAUUUGUUUCCUAGAUACGACAGUUGAGUUUGAAAAUGGUUCGGAUCGGUAAAAAAACAUGGACGCCAGGGGGCAGGGCAGUUUUGCUUAUAUGGCUAUAGUUAAACCUUAUUAACACUCUAGGAGUCACAUUUAUAGUCCAGUCUUCAUGAAACUUGGUCUGAACAUUUGUUUUUAUGAUAGCUAGGCUGUGUUUGAAAAUGGUUUCGGUCCGUUGAAAAAUAUGUCCGCCAGGGGGCGGGGCAGCUUUGCUUAUAUGGCUAUAGUGAAACCUUGUUAACACUCUAGAAGUAACAUUUAUAACCCAAUCUUCAUGGAACUUGGUCCAGGAUUUUUUGUAUUGAUAGCUUGGCUGAGUUCGAAAAUGGUUACGGUUUGUUGAAAAACAUGGCGGCCAGGGUAGCGGCAGUUUUCAUAAUAUGACUAUAUUAAAACCAAACUCUAGUUGUAAUGCGGAUGUUGGUGCACAAUGAUGAUGAUGAUGAUGAUGAUGAUUAUGAACAUGAUGAUACUGGUAAUGGAUUCAGAAACAUUAACAACAACCCAAAUAUCUAAUUAUAAUUAUUGCAUUACUCAAAUAAAAUAUUGCCAUUACUUAUGAUUGUUUUCUAUAUCUUUGCAGAAAUUUAACAUAUUGUUAAAACCAAUAAAACAACAAGAAGUGUUGCAUAUGAAUCUUUUUUGACUUUUUAUUCACUUAUCCUAGGCUACUCUCUAUAAAACUGAUUUAUACCUGUGCCUGCAUUGUUGCCAGGUGGUAAUUGUGUAACACUCCUGGAAAUUGACCUCAAUUAACUGGGCACUUUCAUCAAAGACCUUUGUGUUGAUUUCAGAUGGAAAAAUAAUAGCUUUGUCGCAACGGGUAACAAAUGACUGUUUAUUUUUUUUUAAACACAAAACUACUGAUAACGCUAAAUGUAUAUAUCUGCCGAGACAGCAAACCUUUUCUUUUCACAAAACAACGUUAACAACCCUUGUUUCCUGGAUAUGACGGUUGAUUCCAAAAAUGGUUUUGAUCCAUCUAGUAACAUGACCGCCGGGGGGGGGGGGGGUCAUUUUCCUUAUAUUUAUAUACUGAAAAAGCCUGUGAACACUCUUCAAGUCACAUUUUUUGGCCAAUCAUCAUAAAACUUGGUCAAAACAUUGGUUUUAUUGAUAUGUCGGAUGAAUUUGAAAAUGGUCGUGAUCAGUGGAAAAACAUUGCCGCCAGGAGAUGGGGCAGUUUUCUCUAUAUUUUAUUAUUUUCCUAAAAUAUAUUUGUUUUAAUCUGGGUAUUUACAACAUGGCCACCAGGGUGGGUUGGGUAAUUUUCUAUAUAGGCCUAUUGUGAAUACUUUGGAACACCUUAUUUUUAAAGUCAGUCUUGUCAUACUAAUAAUUUGAAAUAUUUGCUGAAGAGUUUUAAUCUUUGUUUCUUUCCAUCUUAGUCUCUCAGGUGAGCGACCCAGGGCCCUUUGGGGCCUCUUGUUAUAUUAUUUAACAAAGGAUCAAAAUCCUAAUAGUGUGAGAUAUGACAAACAUCGGUGUUAACUAAUAGAUUGAAUAAAAGCUUAGUAUGCUUAUGUUUCUGACCUAUCUGAAAUGCUAAUAAAUUGUUCAACAAAUUGAACAAUGUAAUAGGAACUGUGAUGAAGAUAUAUAUAUGCCUUUCCUUGUUGAACACUUCGAUGAAUAGGUCACUGCUGUUGUUCGGCACUGAAGGGCGGGAGCCGUUCUAUUGGUCUUGUUGUCCUGCUUAUUUUUCUGGGUUUAAGACGUUCAGUCAUAGCAAUAGUACACUUUUUGUUGCAUAAUUUAGACAUAGAAAAUAAAUACAUACAUUUUAA